AUGGCGCCGUGCUUGCCUCUGGGAUCUCCUCCUGACUGGCCAAUGCCAUCUGGUCUUUCCGCAGACGGCUCGUCGGCCGCUAUCCUUCUCGCUUUCCAGAUCGACAAGGAGGCUGAAACGAGCUCCGCAGAGGUUGAUGUCCGUGUUGGAGACAUCCUUCACCUGGUACCUAGAGACCUCCUCCCUGUCGAUGGUAUCAACAUCCACGGCCAUAAUGUGAAAUUGUCUCGUUACAUCGGUUUAGCACUGAAGACCCCAGUAGAUCAGUCAUGGCGAAAACGUUUAGCCCUAGAUAGCAACUAUAUCAUCUUCCACGGAGUGAACAAGUAUGGCUUUCUCAUCACGUCAUAA